AUGGCGGCGCUACCCGGGGGUGCUAACAGCAACCAUGGUAUUGGAAACCCAGCGGACGAUGAUGCUGCAGCUUGGGGCUUCACUCCCGGAGGCAGAGAAGGCCCUACACUGGGCGGCGACGAUAGACAUGUUGCUGGAAGGACAAGAUCGCGCAAGAUUCUUGGCUCAGUGAGCGGGGCAGAACAGCGAGGUCUCAAGCGGGUCAUUGACAUGAACUUCGCUCGAAUCACAGGCUACUUGGAUUCCAAGCCCGGCACGACGCUGAACGGAGGCCCCAGACGUCGACCAAGCACCGAAGAUGUGAUCCACCACGCGGCGCAGCGAGGCAGCCAAGAUCCGCACGUCGAGAGCCGCUCGGCGAAGAAGAAGAAGUUCGACGAGGAGGUGCGCCGAAUCUGGGGGCGGAGACGUUCCAAUGUCACGUUGGUGACAGGUUCCUAUGACGGCACUACAAAGCUUUGGUGCCUCACUGGCCAAGCGAAGGCUCAUCCUAUGAUGGCCCAUAACGAUGCGGUGAUGUAUGCAGAUGUCUCGCAGGAUGCCAGAUACCUUGUCACUGCUGCCUAUGAUGGCGUGGCCACUGUGUGGUGUGUCCGUGAGACGGUGCCACUGGCCCGCCUGGCAGGUUCCGCGGGUGGGCUCUACUCCGCGCAGUUCUCACCAGAUGGGCAACACAUCCUGACCGCUUCCGCCGAUGGUGUGGCCUGCCUUUGGCGAUGGCAGACGCAAGAGGUGAUAUGGAUCUUGGAUGGACACCAGGAGAGCUACAUGCGUUGCGCCAGCUUCUCCCCAGAUAGCCAGCGCCUGGUCACGUGUUCCGCCGACUGCACAGUGUGCAUUUGGCGACUGCAGCCUGGCGAACCAGGCACCUUUGCUCCGGAGGCUCCGCGGCUGGUGAGAAGCUUGCAUGGCCACUGGGGCUGGGUCAACACGGCCUACUUCAGUCCGGAUGGCACCUUUGUGCUCUCCGCGGCUGCGGACAAAACGGCCAAGCUUUGGUGUUCCCACACAGGCGAAUGCGUUCAGACCUUUCAGGGACACUAUGCUUACGUCCGCUCCGCGGUGUUCUCUUUCUCACCCAGGUGGAUCCUCACGGCCUCGGCCGAUUGGACGGCGAAGCUUUGGAGCCGAUCCAAUGGGAGCUGCGUCCAGACGUACCAAGGCCAUUCGCAAUGGGUCAACAUGGCCAACUUUGUUUCGUCGUCGGAGGAGAAGAUCGUCACCUGCUCCAGAGACUGUACAGCACGCCUUUGGGCCAUCGGUGGUGAAUGCUUGAGGGUCUUUGAGGGCCACAGCGACUUCGUCAUGGUCAGCUUGAUUUUAGGCCGCGCUGAAAGCGCGCGCGCUGCCUCAGUCAGGGGCAGAUCGGUGACUGUGUUUACCUUUUUUAAGUGGUGA